UGAUAGACCCGCGAGGCUCCGUGCGCGCAGUCGUCUGGGUGAGCGAAGAUGGCGGCCGAGAGGGAACCUCCUCCGCUGGGGGACGGGAAGCCCACCGACUUUGAGGAGGUGGAGGACGGGGAGGACCUGUUCACCAGUACUGUCUCCACUCUGGAGUCAAGUCCAUCAUCUCCAGAACCAGCUAGUCUUCCAGCGGAAGAUAUUAGUACAAACUCCAAUGGUCCCAAACCCGCUGAAGCUGUGCUUGAUGAUGACAGAGAGGAUCUCUUUGCAGAAGCCACAGAAGAAGUGUCUUUGGACAGCCCAGAGCGGGAGCCUGUCCUCUCCUCCGAGCCUUCUCCUGCAGUCACCCCCGUCACGCCCACUGCACUCAUGGCUCCGAGGAUUGAAUCCAAGAGUAUAUCUGCUCCUGUGAUCUUCGACAGGUCCAGGGAGGAGAUUGAAGAAGAAGCAAAUGGGGAUAUUUUUGAUAUAGAAAUUGGCGUGUCAGACCCAGAGAAAGUUGGUGAUGGCAUGAAUGCUUACAUGGCUUACAGAGUAACAACAAAGACUUCUCUUUCCAUGUUCAGUAAGAGUGAAUUUUCAGUUAAAAGAAGAUUCAGUGACUUUCUUGGUUUGCACAGCAAAUUAGCAAGCAAAUAUUUACAUGUUGGUUACAUUGUGCCACCAGCUCCAGAAAAGAGUAUAGUAGGUAUGACCAAGGUCAAAGUGGGUAAAGAAGAUUCGUCAUCCACUGAGUUUGUUGAGAAGCGGAGAGCAGCUCUGGAAAGGUAUCUUCAGAGAACAGUGAAACACCCGACAUUGCUGCAGGAUCCUGAUUUAAGACAAUUCUUGGAAAGUUCAGAGCUGCCGCGAGCAGUUAAUACCCAGGCUCUGAGUGGGGCAGGAAUAUUGAGGAUGGUGACCAAGGCCGCCGACGCUGUCAACAAGAUGACCAUCAAGAUGAACGAAUCGGAUGCAUGGUUUGAAGAAAAGCAGCAGCAGUUUGAGAAUCUGGAUCAGCAACUUAGGAAGCUUCACGCCAGUGUUGAAGCCUUGGUCUGUCACAGAAAAGAACUUUCGGCCAACACAGCUGCGUUUGCUAAAAGUGCCGCCAUGUUGGGUAAUUCUGAGGAUCACACCGCUUUGUCGAGGGCUCUGUCCCAGCUGGCCGAGGUGGAGGAGAAGAUCGACCAGUUACACCAGGAGCAGGCGUGCGCCGACUUCUACAUGCUCUCAGAACUGCUCAGCGACUACAUCCGCCUGGUGGCCGCGGUGAAGGGUGUGUUUGACCAUCGAAUGAAGUGCUGGCAAAAAUGGGAAGAUGCUCAGAUUACUUUGCUCAAAAAACGUGAAACUGAGGCCAAAAUGAUGGUUGCUAACAAACCUGAUAAAAUACAACAAGCUAAAAAUGAAAUAAGAGAGUGGGAAGCAAAAGUUCAACAAGGAGAAAGAGAUUUUGAACAGAUCUCUAAAACAAUUCGAAAAGAAGUAGGAAGAUUUGAGAAAGAACGAGUAAAGGAUUUUAAAGCUGUUAUCAUCAAGUACUUAGAAUCAUUAGUACAAACACAGCAGCAGCUGAUAAAAUACUGGGAGGCAUUCCUGCCUGAAGCCAAAGCCAUUGCCUAGCAGGAAGCCGCUGCCUGCUGAGACCAGCUUGGACGUGCGCUCC